AUGAUUGAAAUUGAUUUCUUUAGAUAUCAAAAUAGAAAUAAUAAACGAAGUGGUCCCGUACGUAAUCAUGUAAUACCAAGUGAACCUCCAUUUACAGCUUAUAUUGGUAAUGCGCCAGAUACAAUGGUACAAGGUGAUUUUGAACAUUAUUUAUUUAUUGGUCUUAAAGUAAAACAAGUUCGAUUAGUACGUGAUCGACAAACUGAUCGAUUUCGAGGCUUUGCUUAUGUUGAUUUUGAGGAUGCGGAUUCCUUACGUAGUGCCAUCGCAUUGGAUGGAACGUGCAUUAAUGAUCAACCUAUUCGAAUUGAUGUUGCAAGUCGAACACUUGGUGGAACUAAAUCAGAAGGAUUUCGAACUAAAUCUGGUUUUGGAUCACGCAAUGAUCCUCGUCAACAAUCAUCAGGUCAUAAUAACAAUAAUCGAUUCGAUGAUGGAUUUCGUUAUGAUAAACAAAGUAAUAAUCAACAAAAAAUGACUGAAGAUAUUGAUAAUGGUUGUUAUGAAAAUGGAUAUAAUGAUGAUCAUUAUGAUAAAGAUAAUUUAAAUGAACAAAACAAUUUACAUCAAAUCAAUGAACGACAAUCUCAAUCAGAUAAAGAACAAACAUCACCAACAUCACGUAAAAUAUCUGAUGAUGUUUUUAUUACAACAAAUGACAAUGAAAAUCAUGAACAUAUUCAUACUACAAACAUGACAAGACAACAAACACGAAAUUGGGCUGAUUGUCCUAUUGAUGAUUCUGUUGUUGAUACAUCAUCACCACCAUCCAUUAUUAAAAAUAUUUUAACUGACGAUAAUGUUGAUGAUAUUCAAUUUCUAUGUGAUAAAACUUCAAAAUUACAUACAUCUUCACAUUUAAUGGGAAAUCAAUCAAUGCGUGGACGUAAUUCUCGUGGAUUACAAUCAUCACAAAUAUCAAAUAAUGAACGUUUAUAUUAUGAUCAAAUGUCAUCAUCAUAUUCAAAUCAAUCUCAACAAUAUUAUCAUCAUCAGAAUUCUCAAGUACAACCACCACCUCUUCAUAUGGGUUUAUCAUAUCAUUAUAAUCGAAAUCAAACAUCAUUAGGAUCUCGACAAAAAUCAAAUCCUCAUAAUCGAAAUUAUCGAGAUGAACAAUCGAAUAGAGAUGACAAAAAUUUAACAUCAACAACUAAUAAUAAUAGUUUACAUGAUACGAAUAUGAAUACAAUAUCAUUUGAAAAUCGACCACGUUUACAAUUAUUACCUCGUUCACAAAAAGUGUCAUCAUCAGUAGAUGAUAAACCAUCUGUAGGACCAGCAACACGAAAUGUCAGUAUAUUUGGAUCUGGUAAGCCACGUGAUGAACGUGAUCCUAAAUUGGCUGAAUUAAAUAAACAUAUUGAAGAAAUAGUUGAAAAAGAACAACAUAUUCCUCGUACAAUAUCGACUACAUCAAAUGAAUCGACAAAUAAUAUUGUCAAGCCGGUGCGAAUAUUAACUGCGAAAUCUGAAUCUUCGACUGAUCAUUAA